AUGGAAUCAGAAGCUAAGGUACUAGUGCAUUCACCAUGCGAAUAUGAAGUGAUUCUCUAUCUCAAUCAGAUGGGAGUUUUCAAUUUUGUGGAUGACGGCUCCAUCCAAGGUUGUGCUGUACUGAAACUGAGCGACGGGCGUAAGAGGUCCAUGUCACUGUGGGUGGAAUUCAUCACUGCCAGCGGAUAUCUGUCAGCAAGAAAAAUUCGAAGCCGAUUCCAGACCCUAGUGGGCCAGUCAGUGGAGAAGUCACAGUACCGGGAGAUCUGCAAGAUGGUACCAGAUACCGGUGAUGUAAAGUUGCGGAUACACGACGAGUAUAUAGUGCAAAUAACGUGUGCAUUUCGAUGUAAUGGAAUAUGGCCUCGCAGUGCAAGCCAUUGGCCCCGAAGCAACAUACCCUGGCCCAAUCCGUCAAUCGCUAAUGAAGUUAAAAGUGAAGGAUUCGACUUAUUCAGCAAGGAAACUAACGUCACUCAGAAUCAUCCCAAUAAACAGGCGAGCUCAAUGGAGGGCGAUGCAUGGGCGAUGAGUUUGCACCACGCCGAGAACACACUGUUACAGCACGGCAGUAGACGCAAAUCGUUUUCAAUUUUGAAAUGCCUGCGCGACACGCAUCUCGAUUUCCCGCAAUCGCCGAUCACCAAUUACAUCCUCAAAACACUGCUUCUGUUCGAAUGCGAGAAGCACUACAAUGAGUACGAGUGGGAAGAACGAUUCAUUGGCGACCGUGUUAUUGGUACUAGCUUCUUUAUUUCUCUAAAUUUGUGUACUGGAUGCGAUUCCUCCUUCUAG